CUGGCCGGGGUGGCGGCGCCCAGACCCAGGCCACGCACCACCACAACAAGGCUGAGGCUGACGGCCGUGCUGCUGCCCCGCCGCCCCAUGAGCCGCCCCGCCGUGCCUGUCCCUGCUGCUGCCAUGUGUGUGCUGCCCCCGUGCCCUGACCCGCCGGCCCCGUGAGAACCCGUGGCCUCCCCUCGACCAGCGCCGCCAAGGUGUGUGUGUGUCGCCAGCUGCCGGGGACACGUCAGCCAGGUGCAGCAGGUACUCAUCCAGAGAAAUCAGCCAGCCCGCUCGUGAGUCAUGUUUUCCCUCUUUUAUGGCCUCUACAAGUACCUGUUCAAGAAGGAUGAGUUCUUUGUCCUCAUCCUUGGCCUGGACAAUGCCGGCAAGACAACAUACCUUGAGGCCGCCAAGACCAAGUUCACCCGCGGCUACAAGGGCCUCAACCCCAGCAAGAUAACCACCACCGUCGGGCAGAAUGUUGGCGGGAUCUCCUACUCAGGGAUCAAGUUGAGCUUCUGGGACCUUGGGGGCCAGGAGGAGCUGCAGCCCCUGUGGGAGAAGUACUAUGCUGAGUGUCACGCCAUUAUCUACAUGGUGGACUCGGCAGACCGGGAGAGGAUGGAGGAGUCCAAGGAAGCCUUUGACCGAAUGAUAUCCAGUGAGAACCUGAUUGGUGUUCCCUUGCUGGUGCUGGCCAACAAACAGGACAUUCCAGAGUGCAUGGGGGUGCGGGAGGUCAAGCCAAUCUUCAACCAGUCGGCGGACCUCAUUGGCCGCAGGGACUGUAUGGUGAUGCCUGUCUCGGCCUUAACAGGGGCUGGGGUGGAUGAAGGGAUUGACUGGCUGGUGGAGUGCAUCAAGAGGAACAGCGACGUGCGGCCGCCCCCCAACCACGAUGACACCUGAUGCUUCCACCUUAUCCUUCACUCUCACUCUGGAACACAGACCUCUGCUCCUCACCUACACACCAGGCAUAGCUACUCUACCCUUCAUCAGUACUACACCCACGUCAGACAGCCGCUCCUUCCAGGCAGGUGCAGACGAUAAAUGACUCAGGAAACGGUCGAGGUAAUCAUGAUGGGGCAAGCAAAAGGAAGUACAGUGAUAGGCAGUGACUAUAGUGUUGGUAUGAAGAGUUGUGGUGAGUGGUAUAUAUGGCCACUCAGCUGUAUAGUGUUGGCUUCAAGUGGUGGUGGACUAGAGUUGUGUUAGUGGCAGGUGUUUACUACUCUGCUAGUGGCUGCGUGGGGGUCUUACUCCACCGGUAAUGUGGAUUUUUUUAACACGAUCCUUCACGUACAAAUCUGUGCUGGAAAAAAGAAAAUAUGCUACUCCUAUCAUGACCCUAAUGGCAAGUUUUCUAUGUGUGUGUGUGUGUGAUUAUGUGUAUGUGUGUGUGUGUGUUCACAUGCAUAUUUUCAUGUAUGCUUGUUAAGGUGACAUGGUAGUAUUUCCCAGCAGUUACUAUUUAUUGGUCUGUUUAUCGGGGUGGUUUCUCGAGUCACCCUGUUGUUGUGUUGCCUCAGUGUCAGCGUACACACACAUGAAGCAGCAUCUAGGUUAUUUUUGUAGAAAUCGUGAGGUUCUUUGUUAACCUAUUCACUGAUGCUGUGAGCUGAGAGGGAUUCUACAAGAAGGACUUUUUUAUCGUAAGAACAGAACUUUCAGUAGAAUUAGUUUUUUGUAUCAUUUCUUUGUCACUGGUUCAUCUCAUUAAGUGAUUAAUUUGUUUUAUGCAUAAUUGAAACUGUUAAUGACAGACUCAGUUUUGUCUACACUGAUGAUAUUGUCUUCUUGUAUGUCGUUGUAGGUGGACCAGUGCUACUGACUCAUCCUCUCCCUCAUCAUGUUCAUGGUAACCAAUUAUCAUCAUGAAAAAGUUAAGAGUAGAAUUUUGUCAUGGAAGUGUGAAAGCUGUUUUUGUAUGGACAAUAAGGACAACUGAAUUAGAUUAAUGUAAGUGAUGGAAUUUUCCUUUAGCUGCUUGAAAGAUUUUGAGAAUUUAACAGCUCUUCAGUAUUUUGUUAAAUACUUAGAGCAUUUGGAAGUAUAGAAAUGGUUAAAGAUACAGACACAAUAAUGUAUUUUUUGUCACACAUGAAAUGAUUUGUACAUAAAGCAUAUAAAGCAAGUAAUGAAUCUUUUUAUAAGUAACUUUUGUAAUCAUAUUGAGCUUCUUUUACUUGGGCAAAGUGCAUUGAUACUGCUAGUCUGAUGUUUCGUACAUAUUUGAGUUUAGUUAUAAUGUAGUAAUUUAUAAGGGCAAGAUGGUAAUAGUCAGCAGUUCUGAGUGUACACAGUCAUGGCAGGGAGCAGGUGGCGGCUUGCUUCUUGCUGUGCACCUAUCUUGCUGCUUCCCAAGAGUUGAGACAGUUUAAUACUGCAGGAAUGAGCAUCAAAACAAGCUUCAUUUUGAUUAGUUUUAUCAAGUUUUGUGUUUGAGGACCAAGUCUACUUCUGAACUCCAGCAGGUGUGAGGUGGCCCUGAGGGUGGCCGUCACCACCUUGGGGCACCAGUGGCUCCAAGUAGGCUCCAGGUACUGCUUUAGAGGCCUGCAGGUGGUGGUGCUGCCCUGCACCUGCUGUGACCCCAUGCUAGGACCAAGACUAGGAAGGCAAUCUCAGUAAAGAAAAGCCUAGAUAUUAUAUAAUUUGUUGUUUUGAAACCUUGCAUCUUUUCCUUUAGUGACAAGUUGUAGUGUGUGUGUGUGUGUGUGUGUGUCAGUAGGUGUGUGCAGACAUGUACUAACUACUUCCAAAACUACAAGAACAAGUCCAGCCACUAUGGGUGAGGACUAUCACUACCAUUUUUACUUUACUCAACUAAGCCACAGUAUCACCUACUGUUCCCCAGGUGUGAGAAAUCCUUUCUUCUGCUAUUUGUUAAGUAUCAGUGAAAGUGUGACCAGAAGCACCAUAGAGAAUCAGUGCUGUGUGGUAUUUGUGAUCUUUAGUUAUCUAGUUUUACAUGUCAGGCUUCUCUGCAUUUAGUUAGCACGGGGCAUCCCUUAGACUCCUCCAGCCCAACACCUGCUGGAGGGAGGUGCUGAAGGCAUCUGGUUAUCAGAAUAAAUCUUUUCUGUACAUAUAAAAUGAUAAUGGCUUGGUUUUGUUUCAUGAUGCAAUUAUAUCCAAUAGCAUUCUGUAAUCAGUUACUUGCAACAUUAUAAUGCCAAGUUGUGCAGUACAUGUUAUUAUUAGUAAUAAUUAUUGUGGUGAUGCCACCUUUAAACAUAUGGUGUUGCAUUCAUAACAAUAAAGAUUUUGAGUUUGAUUUGUGGAAUCCACAUCAAAGUUUGUCAGGAUCACAAUCAGGGAACAGCAGCAGUAACUUAACCAACUUGGCAUCAGGAAGGAGUUGGCACACAUCUCACUACACUCACAAGCAUGGUGAGGCCACAGUACGCCCCUACAGCACUGUCGGUGGAGGAUUGGUAUAAAAAUCUCAUCCUCUGCUGAAUUCAUUCAUGAAAAGAUUCCAGUUUUGGAAUUAACUCGUGUGUCUACAAUACAAAGUUCAGCAUGAAUAAAUAGGAGUAAUGGUGUGAGCAAGUGGCUGUUUUGAAUGUGUGUGUGUGUGUUUGUUACAUAAUCAUAUUUCUUCUCUGAUUAUACCUUUUUUUAGUUUCACCCUCAACCCCAACAUGCUUAAUAUAUUGUUAUUAUCAUAAUCAUUAUCAAUAAUAUCAUAUUAUUAUUAUUAUUAUUAUUAUUAUUAUUAUUAUAAGUUUUAAUUUAUAUAAUAAAUAAUGAUAUUAACC